AGGGCGGGGAGGGGAGCGGCCGCCAUGGCCGAGUGCUCGGGGCUGCAGUUCGUCAGCCCUUACGCCUUCGAGGCCAUGCAGAAAGUAGACGUGGCGCGGUUGGCCGCCCUCAGCGACCCCGAGCUGCGGCUGCUGCUGCCCUGCCUGGUGCGCAUGGCGCUCUGCGCCCCCGCCGACCAGAGCCAGAGCUGGGCGCAGGACAAGAAGCUCAUCCUCAGGCUGCUCUCGGGGGUGGAGGCCGUCAACUCCAUCGUGGCCUUGCUCUCUGUGGACUUCCACGCCCUCGAGCAGGACGCCAGCAAGGAGCAGCAGCUCCGACACAAGCUGGGAGGAGGGAGUGGAGAAAGCAUCUUGGUGUCCCAGCUGCAGCACGGGCUGACCCUGGAGUUUGAGCACAGCGAUUCGCCCCGUCGGCUUCGGCUGGUGCUGAGCGAGUUACUAGCAAUAAUGAAUAAGGUGUCAGAAUCAAAUGGUGAGUUUUUUCUCAAAUCAUCUGAGCUGUUUGAGAGUCCUGUUUAUCUGGAGGAGGCAGCAGAUGUUCUUUGCAUUUUGCAAGCAGAGCUGCCAUCACUGUUGCCAAUAGUUGAUGUGGCUGAAGCUCUGUUGCACGUUAAAAAUGGAGCCUGGUUCCUCUGCCUUCUGGUGGCCAAUGUUCCUGACAGCUUUAACGAGGUCUGCAGGGGUUUGAUUAAGAAUGGUGAACGGCAGGAUGAGGAGAGCGUUGGCGGCCGGCGCAGGACUGAAGCGCUUCGCCACCUGUGCAAGAUGAACCCUUCCCAAGCUCUGCGGGUCCGAGGGAUGGUGGUGGAAGAGUGUCACCUACCGGGUCUCGGUGUGGCUUUGACCUUGGAUCACACCAAAAAUGAAGCUUCAGACGAUGGAGUGAGUGACCUGGUGUGUUUUGUGAGUGGUUUGCUCCUUGGAACAAACGCAAAGGUUCGGACUUGGUUUGGGACUUUUAUCCGAAAUGGCCAACAGAGAAAAAGAGAUAAUAUCAGUUCUGUGCUUUGGCAAAUGAGGAGGCAGCUGCUCCUGGAGCUCAUGGGAAUCCUUCCCACGGUUCGCAGCACACACAUUGUUGAAGAAGCAGAUGUUGAGAUGGACCCAAACGUGUCUGUGUACUCAGGACUGAAGGAGGAGCACGUGGUGAAGGCCAGCGCGUUGUUACGCCUCUAUUGUGCUUUGAUGGGAAUUGCUGGGCUGAAGCCAACUGAUGAAGAGGCUGAGCAGCUACUGCAGCUGAUGACCAGCCGCCCUCCUGCAACCCCAGCUGGCGUUCGCUUUGUCUCUCUCUCCUUUUGCAUGCUUCUGGCCUUCUCCACCCUUGUCAGCACCCCAGAACAGGAGCAGCUCAUGGUGAUGUGGCUUAGCUGGAUGAUAAAGGAAGAAGCUUACUUUGAAAGCAUUUCUGGUGUGUCUGCUUCUUUUGGGGAGAUGCUUCUCUUGGUAGCCAUGUAUUUCCAUAGUAAUCAGCUCAGUGCUAUCAUUGAAUUGGUCUGCUCCACCCUGGGAAUGAAGAUCGUUAUUAAGCCCAGCUCACUCAGCAGAAUGAAGACAAUUUUCACACAGGAGAUUUUCACUGAGCAGGUUGUUACAGCCCAUGCAGUUCGUGUGCCUGUUACAGGCAACCUCAGUGCCAACAUCACUGGGUUUUUACCAAUUCACUGCAUUUACCAGCUUUUAAAAAGUCGGUCCUUCACCAAGCACAAAGUAUCCAUUAAGGACUGGAUCUAUAGGCAGCUCUGUGAAACCACCACCCCACUCCAUCCUCAGCUGCUUCCUCUUAUUGAUGUCUACAUUAACUCUAUUCUUACUCCUGCAUCUAAAUCCAACCCAGAGGCCACAAAUCAGCCUGUCACUGAACAGGAGAUACUGAAUGUUUUUCAAGGACUCUCUGGGGGUGAAAAUACUCGUCUAGCUCAACAAUACAGCAUCACCACCCAGCUGCUUGUCCUCUACUAUGUCCUGUCCUAUGAAGAAGCACUUCUGGCAAACACCAAGAUCCUAGCUGCUAUGCAGAAAAAACCCAAGUCUUACUCUUCAGCUCUAAUGGAUCAGAUUCCAAUCAAGUACCUCAUCCGGCAGGCACAGGGGCUGCAGCAGGAGCUGGGAGGUUUGCAUUCUGCACUGCUACGCCUCCUGGCAACUAACUACCCACACCUCUGCAUUGUGGAAGACUGGAUCUGUGAGGAACAGAUCACGGGCACUGAUGCCUUGCUGAGGAGGAUGCUUCUUACAAACAUUGCCAAGAAUCACUCUCCCAAACAGCUCCAGGAAGCAUUUUCCAUGCUGCCUGGAAAUCAUACCCAGCUGAUGCAGAUCGUAGAGCAUUUGACUCUUCUCUCAGCUGGGGAAUUGAUCCCUUAUGCAGAAGUAUUGACAUCAAACAUGAAUCUCUUGCUGGAUGCUGGAGUCCCUCGGAGGAUCCUUCAGACUGUCAAUAAACUUUGGAUGGUUCUUAACACUGUGAUGCCAAGAAGGUUGUGGGUGAUGACUGUCAAUGCUCUGCAGCCUUCAGUAAAAAUAGUCCGGCAGCAGAAAUACACUCAGAAUGAUCUGAUGAUUGAUCCUUUGAUUGUACUAAGAUGUGACCAGAGAGUUCAUAGGAGUCCUCCUCUGAUGGAUAUAACUUUGCACAUGUUGAAUGGAUAUCUUCUUGCUUCAAAAGCUUACCUUAAUGCUCACCUGAAAGAAACAGCAGAGCAGGACAUCAGGCCAUCCCAAAACAAUCCAAUGGGCCCAGAGGCCCCAGAAGUUACAAGGGAAGAAUUAAAAAAUGCAUUGCUUGCUGCUCAGGACAGUGCUGCUGUGCAGAUUCUUCUAGAGAUCUGCUUACCUACAGAAGAAGAGAAAGCCCAGAGCAGAAAUAGCCACAGUUUGCUAAAGACUGUUCAUAAUACCACAGGGCCUAAGAGUCCAGAAGUAGAGGAGGAAGAAGAAGAAGAAGAAGACAGCUUGCUGUGUAAUCUUCGAGAGGUCCAGUGUCUCAUCUGCUGUCUGCUGCAUCAGAUGUAUAUAGCUGACCCCAACAUAGUCAAACUAGUUCAUUUCCAGGGGUAUCCAUGUGAACUUCUGGCACUCACAGUGGCAGGGAUUCCAUCCAUGCACAUCUGCCUGGAUUUUAUACCCGAGCUCAUUGCCCAGCCUGAGCUUGAAAAACAGAUAUUUGCCAUCCAGUUACUUUCCUUCCUGUGUAUCCAGUAUGCACUGCCUAAAUCCCUCAGCGUGGCUCGUUUAGCUAUCAAUGUGAUGGGAACCCUGCUGACAGUUUUAACUCAGUCGAAGCGCUACGUUUUUUUUAUGCCAACCCUGCCUUGUUUGGUGUCCUUCUGUCAAGCCUUUCCUCCUCUGUACGAUGAUAUAAUGUCUCUGCUGAUACAGAUAGGACAAGUUUGUGCCUCUGAUGUGGCUACACAGACCAGAGACUUUGACCCAAUUAUUACACGUCUGCAGCAACUAAAGGAGAAGCCACAUGAUGUGUCAGGACUUUGUAAAGAUUCAUCUAGCAAAAGGGACGUGUCCAGCAUGGACCCUGAUGUUCGGUUGUGCCAGUGUGUAGAAAAUACUAUCAUUGACAUCAUUAACAUGAGUGUAAGUGGAGUUUAGGAAGAAGACAAAUGCAGUUGUACUGUAGCUGGUCCCAUGGUCUGUAGAGCCUGAACUUGGAGAAAGCUGCCAACAUGGUCCAAGGAACUGGAGCACAAGAAGUCCACGUUUUUUGUUCAUUCCAAUCGGUUAUGGAUGAAAAGAAGGAAUUCUUGAAAGAGGCUGAUGUUGCUUCCAGUGAAAACUUUUGAGGUUGAUGGGAUCAGUAAAUCAUUUCCAGUGAAUCUGAGGGUGGUUUUCAGGCUUCUUCACAGCAGCAACACACCUAAGAGGGUUUUAUAACACUCUGGGAAGUGAAUACUUCGUGGAUUGAGAAACCAGCAAAAUGAUUGGUAAGAAAAAUUUGAGAUUGAUGUGCUUUGCUUAAGUUAAAUGAGCUACUGUUCUGCAGCCUUGCAGGGCAAGAUGAAAUAAAAUACUCCAAGAAAAAGUGGUGUAAGUAACUUGCAGCAUCACACCGAGUACUAAGAAAAUGCUUGAACUUUUCUUUAUUUGUGUUUCAAACCAUUGGCCCAAGUCUCAGUUCAUCAGGAGCUUUAUUCAGAGAUCAGCCAGCCUUCAUUAAAAGUUUGAAACUGGUCUAGAAGUUUCUUUAAAAAAAAAAAAGACUGGUACUAUGAAGUGAGCUGUAUUAGUGGGAUUUUUAAAGUGUGUAUUUUUUUCAUGCAGCUCAGAUGGUUUAGUGUUUUUUAACAUCACUAGAAGACAUGAGAGGGACUUCAAGAAAUAGGUGCAAAGUUGUCAUAAAAUAAAAUUAACUAAAUGAGUGUUGAGGGUGCCUGUGACAGAAGCUGGAUGUCCCCACAGGGGAAGGAAUGGCAGGUUUCAGCCGUGCCCAAGUGGUUACAUGCAGCUCAGUGGGCAGGGCAAGGCUGAACCCUCGUGCUUUGUGCUUGAAGUCGGUUGAUCUUUCAUACACAAAAGCUGCAGGAUUUAGCCUUGACAGGUGUGUUUUGUGGCAGUGCAGAAAGGGGCGAGUGACGCAAUAUUUGGGUGUUUCUUGAAGGUUGCACAAGCUCUGACCUGAGGCAGCAGGUGCUUUUGUUGCAGGGAAAGGAGCUCGGGGUUUGGCUGUUGUGCCACAACUGAGUGUUGUGCUUCAUCCCCCAUCACUGCUGAACUCGUCAGUCUGGCACUUGCUCUUUUCUGAAAUUAACAGCAUCCAGGGUCCUCGAGUAAUAUUUUUUCAUUAAAACCAGUUCAUAUUCCAAAAAUAAUGGCCUGAUUCUUUAGUGUGGCCUUGAGAACACCUUGUACAGCUUGUCCUCUGCCUGUGCUGGGCAGUGCUGUGGGAAUGCUGAUACUGCCAAACACACCAGGGCUUGUGUUCCAGGAUUGCUGUAGCACUGUCUGCCUACCAACUAUAUUUUUGUCAUCUUGAUGUAAAAUAUGUAAAUAACCUAUAUGUAUGUAUUUUUUUUUUCCUUCUGUAAUUUUCUAUGCUGUAGUGGUGUUUAAAUAAAAAAAACCUCAAGUGUGUUAUUAGGA